AUCAAGGAACAGAACCAGCGAAUUUGGUCGCUAGAUAGGGGAGGCAGGACGACCGGAGCAUUACUUGGUUGGAGAAGGACAAAUAACCCGACUCGCCGACGGCACACACAAUCGGAAUCGAAGCAACUACCAGGUGUUAGACGGAGAUGAGGGGACUCGCUAGGGCCUUCCUGACCGGGGCGCUCCUCGCCAGCGGAGCUUUGGGCCUGGACGUUCUCGAAACGGUCGGGUUCAGCUCUUGCAACACGAACGCUAGCGUUUCGGUGCAGAGGGCGAACAUCAGGUACAACAACGACAACAAGACGGUUUCGUUCGACGUGGCAGGGACCAGCAACCGGGUACAGAAUGUGACGGCCGUUCUCAACGUCACGGCAUAUGGCCAAGAUAUAUACUCCAACACCUUCGAUCCCUGCGCUGAAGGCACAUUUGUGCAGCAGCUCUGUCCUGUGCCCGCCGGCAGCUUCUCCGCAAAGGGGUCUCAGCAGAUUCCCGCAGAGUUUGCAGACCUGGUCCCCGCGAUUGCCUUCCAAGUCCCGGAUAUCGCAGCCAUGGCCACCUUGCAGCUCCGAUCGAGUGAAUCUGGCGAGAGGGUGGCCUGCAUCCAGUCUCAGGUGUCCAACGGCAAGACGACCAGCGUGCCUGCCGUCUCGUACGUGGCCGCCGGCGUGGCGGGAGCAGCGCUGGUACUUGGAGGCGUCUCGGCAGCGGGAGCCGCGUUUGCGGGAGGCAGCGCCGCAGCCGGCGGAGGCUCAGCGGCGGGCGGCAUGGGCACCAUCAGUCCAAGCUUUACCGAGGUGUUGGGAUGGUUCCAGGGUAUGGCCAUGAACGGCAUGAUGUCGGUCGCCUAUCCUGAAGUGUACCGGAGCUUCGCCAAAAACUUCGGCUUCUCGGCCGGCUUGAUCCCCUGGACGCAGCUCCAGGUGUCCAUUGACAGCUUUCGCGCUUCCACAGGAGGCAAUCUGACGGAGAAUAGCGUUGAUUUUCUGAGGAACGCAACUCUCGUAUUCGAUAGCCCCUCGCAGACGGCCGGGCAGGGCUCGCUCAAGCGAGCAAUUCACCAAUUCGUGCAUCUUGCCACCCGACAAAUCGAGACAAGCAUCAACGGCACGGUUGACGAGACGACCGAGCAGAACGGUGCGUCGGAAACCGUCCGCGUUGCGGUCUCGGGUAUCCAGGGCUAUGUGGAGCAGCUGAGCAUUCCGUCGGGCAACACCUUCAUGACAAUUCUUCUUGUGGUAGCCAUCGUCAUUGCGGCGAUUGUGGUGGGAGUUCUGUUGGUCAAAGUCAUCCUGGAAUUCUGGGCUCUGUUCGGCAGCUUCCCCAAGGCGCUGGCGGGCUUCCGCAAGCACUACUGGGGCUCCAUCGCGCGCGCCAUCACUUCUCUGAUUAUGCUGUUGUACGGCGUUUGGGUGCUGUACUGCGUCUUCCAGUUCACCCAGGGAGACUCGUGGGCCGCCAAGGUGCUGGCUGGUGUUACUCUGUUCGUGUUCACCGCCGUCCUGGCUUACUUCUGCUGGAAGAUUUGGAGCACGGCACGCAAGCUCAAGAAGGCCGAGGGCGACGCCGGUUCCCUGUACGACGACAAGGACAUCUGGGUCAAGUACAGCCUUUUUUAUGAGUCGUACCGCCGCGAUUACUGGUGGAUCUUCCUGCCCACCAUCAUCUACAUGCUCGCCAAGGGCUGCAUUAUCGCGGGAGCAGACGGCCACGGCAUGAUACAAGCGAGUGCGCAGCUCAUCGUCGAGGGCAUCAUGCUGAUCCUUCUCUUAUGGAGCCGCCCGUACGAGCGCCGCUCGAGCAACAUUAUCAACGUCACCAUCCAGGUGGUGCGCGUCCUGUCGGUGGUGUGCAUCCUGGUGUUUGUGGAGGAGUUUGGUGUCGCCCAGACGACGAAGACGGUUACCGGCGUGGUCCUCAUCGCGGUUCAAUCCGCCUUGACGGGCAUCCUGGCCAUCCUCAUCGCGUGGAACGCCAUCAACGCCUGCUGCAAGCAGAACCCGCACCGCAAGCGCCGCAAGGAGAUGGAAAAAGUCCAGCAGCGUGACACGCUCACCCCGCUCGACGCGCGCAACUCGCUCCUGCUCGACCGCACCAAGACGGGCGAGUCGGACGUCUCAUCGUCCCUCUCCAUCUCCAAGACGGGCUUCGCUCCACUCGUCUCGGUCAGGACGGAGAAAACCGCCGCCGCGGACGCCGCCCGCGCGACCUCUCCGGAACGGUACAGCGGCCCUGCCGACGACAACGGCAACGGCAGGCUGUCAUCAAACCCCAUGUUUGCGCCGCGCGCCCCGAGCGGCGGGUCCUUCAGGGCGCUCACGCCGAACACGAACGCCCCCGUGGGUAUGGCGGUGUCGGGUCCCCCCGGGGGGCCAGGGAUGAUGAAUCCGAGUCGGGAGAAUCUGGUCAUGGGGGCUGCUCCCCUUGGUGGUAUGAACGGUGGUGGUGGGACCAUGCGGCAGCCGACGUUGCCGAACCUGGGAGAUGGGUAUGGGGGUUUCGGGGGGCAGCAGCCGCGGGCGCAGGGGGGAGGGUAUGGGGGUUAUGGUGGUUAUGGUGGUUAUGGGGGACCGUAUGGGAGAUAUUGAGUGGGUGGGGUGAGUGGUGGUUGGAUGUUCGGUUUGUGUUUGAGCGUGGCAUAGAUUUGUUGAUAGCGAGGGGUUGGAACUGCAUAUAUGUAACAAUAGCUUAUCCUAAAGAUGUAUUAUAACUAUACCUACUUAUGAACAUAUGAAGCAAGACUUAGAGGCCAGAUGGAAGAGUGUAAUCAAAUAUAUGUGAAUAUAGGAC